AUGUUGAUCGAAACACUAGACAGGUUAGUGGUGAUAACUAGCCUCCUGAAAGAAUUCGUCUAUCGUGGCGGUCUUAUCUACUUACUCACCUUCCUCGUCACGGCCUCCAGCCUUGAAAUUCGCCAGUCCGUUAUACAGCUGCUAGCGCGCUGUCUGGCUGACAAACAGGUCGGUCGUCGAAUACAGGCUCUUCUUGGUCAAUUCCUGCCAGGCAUCUUCCAGGAGACCUUGCGAGACACACCUGAUAUUUUUUUGCAACUCUUCGAUUGUGAGUUAAUUCCACCUCCAUAG